AAUGCAUUACAUUUUGGUAAUUUACCAUCUUCGCUUUCUUGUAUAAAGUCUCUGCCAAAGGGAAGAUGCUGUGCAUUGUGCGUUAGUUUUACGAAGAGCUAAGGACUUGUUUGGUGUUAUUUUUGAUUUUUUGAUUUCUAAUAUCUUUGAGAAUGGCCACUUCAUCUGAGGAAGGACAAGUGAUCGGCUGCCACAAGGUUGAGGAGUGGAAGGUGCAGCUCCAGAAGGGUGUGGAGACCAAAAAACUGGUGGUGGUGGAUUUUACUGCUUCCUGGUGCGGUCCUUGCCGUUUUAUUGCCCCAAUUCUUGCUGACAUUGCUAAGAAGAUGCCCCAUGUUAUGUUCCUCAAGGUUGAUGUUGAUGAACUGAAGAAAGUUGCAGAGGAAUGGAAUGUAGAGGCAAUGCCAACUUUUGUCUUCAUUAAAGAGGGUAAAGAAGUGGAUAGGGUUGUUGGUGCCAAUAAAGACGGAUUGCUUCAGACCAUAGAGAAGCAUGGUGCUGCUCCUGCUGUUGUGACUGCUUGAGCCUUAAUAUUUAGUUUUGUCUUCUGUAAUAACUCUGGAUGGUUGUUUUUUAAUUACCCACCAUUUUUUUACUGCUUUCUUGAAAGAUUUGUUAUGUUGGUGUUUGGAAUCUGACAUUUGUGCAUAUGGUGUUUGCUGGUGUAAGGCUAUAUGUCCAUUUCUAUCAAAAGACUCUUUUCCCAUUUCUGCUCUA